CGGAUCUUGCUUAGCUCUGCUAAACCAAGCGUUGCGUGACCCGGUAGAAGCAAAGAAAGAUGCAACGAUAGGAGCUAUGUCCAUCAUAGCGCUAUACGAACUCAUAGUGUCCGAGGAACUUAUGGGCCUAUGGGAUUGCCACUAUAAUGGUCGUCUCCUUCUUCUGAAGAUUCGAGGGCCCAGCCAGUUGAAAACAAUCCGGGGCCAGAACCUUUACCGCAGUACAUACUUCCAAAUGGUAAUGCCAUUUCCAUUCCUGCAUCUAAGCAAGCCCUCUGUUCAUAGUGUACCUCUGACUCCUUUGCAGCAACUAGCGUACCUAGGGAAGUACUGGUUUCCUCCAGUUAAUUUCAGCUUUCCUGAAGAGCUCGCCACCGGCUCCCCCGAUCGGACCAUCACUAAAAUCGUGGAUAGAGCUGCAAAGACUUGCUUUACUGGUAUUGCAAUGCUUCGUGAUCAUACGAAAACACCUGAACCUUCACGGUUGCGAGUGCUGUUGCAAGAAGUUUGGGAAAUCGACGCAAUGUUGCUUCAAUGGAGACAUGAUACUUCCCUCGAAUGGACGUACCAAUCUGUGUUCGUUCCUCAAAAAAGUCAUUGGGCCUUGCCAAUAGCAUUCCCUAGCUGGCUGGACGAAUUCCACGUAUACCCACUCUGCGGCCACCGGACAGCGUUGAUCUGGAACCUUUUCAGGGGAACUCGAAUUCUCAUACACCAUCUUGCCAUUUGCAUAAUCCUGUAUUUUGAAGCUUUCGUUUUCGAUGACCGCGUUUCUUCCCAAGCGACUCACCGAGACAUUAUACGUACAUAUUCGGAUGAGAUUUGUGCAAGCGUCCCAUUCUGCCUCGGCCAGAUUGAUUCCAACGGUAUCGUCAAGAACCCGCAACCCAAGCCCCUCGGAGGUUAUUGGCUCUUGUGGCCUUUGCACCUGGUGAGGACAAGAUGUCCGGACGACAGUAAAAAGGUGUCAUUCAUUGACGGUGUACUGUCUUUCAUGAACGACAGUCUUGGAAUCAGUCAUGGACGAAGGAUACUGGACUUCAGGAUGGCAAUACCUCCUUCGGCAAUUCCAAUAUCUCGACAAAUUGAUUGGAAAUGAUCUAUGAGAUUUCCCUUACAUCAAGGCCCUCUGUAAUCCUGUCCUUAUCCGGAUCUACGAUAUUUUCUAUAGAUGAAUAUGGAACCUUCCAGUAGCGUAAGUAUGAGCUCCAUUCUCUUUCACAGCGAAAGAUAUCUACAUCCAGAUCGAUUUGCAACAUUGCUAACGCUCAUUGCCCAAUAGGGUUCAAAUUCCAACUCCGUACACCUCACCGACCGAGAAGGACUAGACUCCAUAUACCAACGCUUCAGUGCACCUGUUCCUGCAUCCAGAAACGAAUAUGUCCUCCAUAUACAGCCACGUUUUGUGAGAAGUCCCCUUCAGGCCCCUACACCAUGGUAUUCGUAAUCAUGCGGGCCGUUUGACUGUCUGUUGUACGCAAUUGGCUGUGCGUUGUUGUAGGCAGGUGGUGCAAUCAAAGGCAUCAUCCCAUCACCAUCACGUCCUUUUACCCCCUCCUGG